UAAAGAAAACAAACUGGACAGAGCAGUGCUAGUGUAAGAUUUUGCAGAGAAAAAGCGGUCCCUUCCUCUCUCCUUCCCUUUCUUCUUCUGUGGUGGGAGAGAAGAAGCCACCGCCAGGAACCACUAAUGGAGGUGCCUCAUCAAGAUCAACGCUCCAGAUCUUCCAAACCCCUCACCAUUCAUGCCUUCGCUCACUCUGGAGAUCUUCUUUCCUUUCAGAAGCUGUUGCGAGCUAAUCCGUCGCUUCUCAAUGAAAGAAAUCCUGUUAUGGCACAGACUCCACUCCAUGUUUCUGCUGGUAACAACAGGGCUGAGAUAAUUAAAUUCCUACUUGAUUGGAGAGGAGAGGAGAAAGUUGAAUUGGAAGCCAAGAAUAUGUAUGGAGAAACUCCAUUACACAUGGCAGCAAAGAAUGGGUGCAAUGAUGCUGCACGAUUACUUCUUGCUCAUGGUGCUUUUGUUGAAGCCAAAGCAAAUAAUGGGAUGACACCAUUGCACCUUGCUGUUUGGUACUCAAUCAGAUCAGAAGACUGCUCAACUGUCAAGACAUUACUUGAGUAUAACGCUGAUUGCAGUGCCAAGGACAAUGAGGGCAUGGCUCCUAUAAAUCAUCUCUCAAUAGGUCCAGGAAGUGCAAAGUUGCGUAAACUAUUAGAAUGUCAUCUUGAAGAGCAGAGAAAGAAAAGAGCACUUGAAGCAUGUAGUGAAACAAAAGCUAAGAUGGAAGAACUUGAAAACGCAUUAUCUGACAUAGUGGGGUUAAAUGAACUAAAGGUUCAACUAAGAAAAUGGGCAAAAGGGAUGCUUUUAGAUGAGAGGCGCAGGGCCCUUGGGCUAAAAGUAGGUGUAAGAAGAUCUCCUCAUAUGGCUUUCUUGGGAAAUCCUGGAACAGGUAAGACUAUGGUAGCUCGGAUACUUGGAAGAUUACUUCAUCUUGUGGGAAUCCUACCUACUGAUAGGGUAACUGAAGUUCAACGUACGGAUUUGGUUGGUGAAUUUGUAGGUCAUACUGGACCAAAGACUAGGAGGAAGAUUAAGGAAGCAGAGGGAGGGAUUCUUUUUGUGGACGAAGCAUAUCGACUAAUCCCCAUGCAGAAAGCAGAUGAUAAAGAUUAUGGAUUAGAAGCCUUGGAAGAGAUCAUGUCUGUUAUGGACAGUGGAAAAGUAGUAGUCAUAUUUGCUGGUUACAGUGAACCAAUGAAGCGUGUGAUAGCUUCUAAUGAAGGCUUUUGUAGAAGAGUUACAAAGUUUUUCCACUUUGAUGACUUCACUUCUGAAGAUUUAGCCAAGAUCGUCCACAUCAAGAUGAACAAUCAACAAGAGGAUGGUUUGUUGUAUGGAUUUAGCUUACAUUCUAAAUGCAGUAUAGCUGCCAUUGCAACUUUGAUAGACAAAGAAACAACAGAAAAGCAACGCAAGGAGAUGAACGGAGGUUUAGUAGAUACAAUGCUGGUUAAUGCCAGAGAGAACUUGGACUUGAGGCUGGAUUUUGAUUGUGUAGAUUGUGAUGAACUAUGUACCAUCACCUUGGAGGAUUUGGAAGCCGGCCUUCGGCUAUUAUCGCAAUAAUGUGGAAAAAUGGAAAAUGAUAUAUAAUUUUUGAUAAUAAUUUGGUUAAUCGGCUGUUGUAUUUUAUUGUUCUCAGAGGCUUUUUCUUUUGUAUGUCUUCAGUUGGAUGAGGAAAGGGGGUGUUAUUGCUCAAAGAUAUGUGUUCAUAUAUGGGGUUUCAUGCUAGUAAAAUUGGGAUAGGUAUGCCUUUUUUAUAAUUCUUUCUUAUUAAUUCAUUCAUGUGAUUGUUUCAUUUGUGGAUAACCACAUGUUCUUGUAAACUACUGCUCUGCUACUAUUGUUUUAUAUUAAUCUUUAUCAUUUAGUACU